UCCUUUUAGAGAGAGAGAAUACCCUAAUCUCAAGCAUUGUUGUUGUCAAGAAUUUUCUUCUCUUCCCUAUUCUUCAAAAAAAAGAAAAAAAAUCCAGUUUUUUCCUCAUCAGAUCUCUUUCAACCUUUAAGAUGUCACAUGCAAGAGAAGGAAGGUCUAUAUCUCGUUCUCUUACUCCACCACCCAGUAGAAUUCGUAGACGAUCUCUGUCUCCUUCACCAACUAGACUUCGUAGGUCAAGAUCAAGGUCAAGAGGAAGGAGUCGCUCCAGGAGCCGUGAACCUGGAGAAGUUGUUAAUCCGGGAAAUAACUUGUAUGUAACUGGCUUAUCCACUAGGGUUAGCACAAGUGAUCUCGAGAAGCAUUUCAGCACUGAAGGAAAGAUUGCGGAGUGCCAUUUGGUUACUGAUCCUCGCACCAGGGAGUCUCGUGGAUUUGCGUUCAUUAUGAUGGAAACUGUUGAGGAUGCUGAUCGUUGUAUCAAGUAUCUUAACCGCUCAGUUCUCGAAGGCCGCCUGAUUACAGUUGAGAAGGCAAAAAGGAAACGGGGGAGAACCCCAACCCCAGGAAGAUACCAAGGUGUAAAAGAUAAAAGAGGAGGUUUUGGUGGUGAUCGUGGUGAUCAUGGACCCAUUGGUGGUCGCCGAAGAUCACGUAGUUAUUCACCUCGUGGAAGACCAUCCAGAGAUGUCAGAGAUUUUAGGGAUGUUAGAGAUGGACCUCCUUAUUUCAGGAAUCAUCGAGAGCGAUCUCCACCUCGUUAUCCUCCUCUUCCAUAUUCUCGUCCCAGGUCUCCCUAUGGUAGGAGGGGAGAGGAUUAUCCCUUGUAUGAGAGACGCAGGUAAUCUUCACUUAUUGCUAGAGCAACAGCGGCAACACAACAAAAGCUAGUUACAAAGCUGUUCAAUGAGUGUACUACCUUCUUUCACUUUCAUAGUGUGUAUUAAUGUGAUAAACUAAUUUCUAUCUCGCCUGCGUUUGUGUGUAUACUUUAACUAGCCCGAAACCAGAUGUUUUUAUUUAUGAAAUAUGCAUAUUAGUUUCUUUUA